AUGAGAGGAACUCCUAAUCCCAGGUUGGAUCAAGGUUUAAGUGAGAAUUAUUCAUGCCCCACUUGUCGAAAGCCUCUUUUUCUAGGAAGACACGAACAUGAAGUAAACUCUCGUGGCUCUGAGAUCUCUGGGGAUGAGCAACUUGCACGUCAAAUAAGUGCUGGGCUUAAUAGGGCUAAUCUUCCAGGUCAAGGUCUUGCUACAGGAAUCUUUCCGGAGCAGACUCAAAAUACAGCAGAAGUUGGUGAUUGGAGGGGGGCAGUAGUUGAUUCAAGUUGGCUUGGCUUCGAUGGAGCUGGUCCGUCUAAUGGUGGCAGGUCUGCUGGGUUGGGGCGUGUUCAGAUGAUGAUGCGGCAUCUGGCAGCGGUUGGCGAAACCUAUGCUCAGACAGCGCUUGAAGAUUCUAACUGGAGUCUUUGGCCUAUGAAUCCCUCUCAGGCUGGUACAUCGCGGUCAGCUGUACCUUCUAGUUCUGCAAGGUUUCCAGGAACUGCUGGUGGUGUGCAGAUGAGAACUGCCACACGAGCUGUGAAUGAGAACCUAGCAAAUAUACUUGCCAUGGCUGAAACUGUCCGAGAAGUCCUGCCUCAUGUACCUGAUGAAAUAAUUAUCCAGGAUUUGCAGAGAACAAAUUCCGCAAUGGUGACUCUGAAUAAUCUCUUGCAAAUGUGA